AUGCGUUUUGAUUGUGUCGAACGAGAAUUUGCUAAUAUUUUUGGCAAAUACAGUGGAGUAGUUGUUCGGCAUCCCGUGCCUUUCAUCAUCUUACCAUUUCUAUUAACAUGUGCCUUAUCGACAGGACUUCUUAAUCACAAAAAAGCUUUCAUGAAAGAUGAACUUGAACUCUAUACUCCGACCGAUGCUCAAGCUCGCAGAGAAUUAGAACAAUUGGAUAAACUUUUUCAUAUAAACGAUUCCGAUCCGUUCUACGCAACAAGAAGAUAUGAUAUCAAAAGAGCCGGUUACAUCAUAGUCACACAUCGAGAAGAAGAUGCUGAUAUUCUGAAUCCUCUAGUUAUGCAUGCAGCUAUGCAACUCUGGAGUGUCGUACAGUCUAUGACAGUUGAAGAUGAAGCUGAGAGAAGAAUCAACUAUCCAAGUAUAUGUGUGAAAUUUCCUAUUCCACCAGAAUUCAGCAAAGCUUUACAUUCCAUAUUUGCUCCAAACAUCACGACGCCAGAUGAAAUUUGUGUUUCUAAUCCUCUGGUUGAAAUGUUUAAGCUGCUCUUAGUAGCCGAUCGUUCAAUAUUGAAUCGAUCAAUAGAUGACAUGACCCUCGGUCAAAUAUCGGAUGCUAUACGUUUCGAUUCUGGAGGAAUGACUCACUUGCUCGGAGGUGUUACAUUAGAUGAAGAUCGUCGAAUAAGUGGGGCAAAAGCGAUGAUGCUCCCUUAUGCAUUGAGACAUUCAUCUGAGAAUGAAGACAGCUUAGCUGAGAAAUGGGAAUUGAGAUUGGCGGAUUUUCUACUUCAGUAUGAUUCUCCCGUUAUUAGAGCGAGUUGGUGGACUUAUGAAACUUUAGCAGCUGAAAGUGCUAGGGAUCGAAAUCAAUUAAUAAGUAUGCUUGGACCAUGCUUUUUGGCAGUUUCAGUUUAUACAAUUUGUAUGUGCUGUGUGGCUUCAUGGAGACGGUCUAGACCAUGGUUGGCAAUUGGAGGAGUCAUAUCGGCAGCAAUGGCUAUAUCUUCAGCUGUAGGAUGCUUACUUUUGUUAGGAUAUGGAAUGACUUCGGUUGCUUAUUCUAUGCCGUUCAUUGUAUUCUCUGUCGGAGUUGACAAUGUGUUUAUCCUUCUAUCAGCCUGGAGAUCAACACCUUCAUGUGCAGAUUUGGAAGAGAGGAUGAGAGAGACGUUUGCCGAUGCUGCUGUGUCUAUUACGGUCACUUCCUUGACUGAUUUCAUAUCAUUUGCUGUCGGAUGCGCAACACCUUUCCCUAGUGUUCAAAUGUUCUGUAUGUAUGCAGUGGUGGCUGUCAUUUUUACAUAUGUGUAUCAAAUGACCUUCUUUGCUGGUAUAAUGGUUCUAACUAAUAAACGUGAACUGUCCAACCGCAAUUGCUUAACGUUCAGGAAAAUCUCGAAAAAAGAAGUUUGGGAUCCAUCUGCAACAGACACGGAUCGCAGUUUUGAGAAAAACUUCUGGUUGUCUCAGUUUUUCCGUACAACUUAUUCGGAUAUUCUUCUGAAUCCUGUAGCUAGAUUCAUGAUUAUCACGCUUUUCAUAGGAUAUUUGGGAAUUGCAACAUACGGAUGUACUAAGGUGAAACUGGGUUUAGAGCCUAACGACUUGCUCCCGGACAACUCAUAUGGAAAGCGAACACUGCAAAUGGCUGAGAAAUACUUUUCUGAUUACGGUUCAUCACUGCACGUCUGGAUGUACAAUCUUUCUAAUGUGAAUUUCGAUAAUCGUAAGGUCUGGGUUGUGUUAGAAGAAGAAUUGAAAUUGUAUGAGCAUACAGAGUUUACAGGAGGAAGUGAUUCAUGGUUGAAAACGUUUUUGGCAUACAUCAAGCAAGCUGGACUUCUCAUCACUCCGGAUAAUUUUGUUUAUAUCUUGCAAAAUGUUUUCUUAUCUCAACCACAAUUUUCUAAAUACAAGCGGGAUAUCGUGUUUGAUGCGUCUGACACCUUAUUAGAUGCUUCUCGGAUACCUGUUCAACUUCGACAUGUUGGGAGCGCGAACCAGAGCAGAGCCAUGCACUUGUUUAGAAGUUUAGCCGAGACCAGUGAAUUACAAACAAGCGUCUAUGCUGACUUUUUCCAGUUCGCAGAGCAAUAUAAUGCAGUUUUACCAGGAACAUUGUCAUCUAUUGGUUACGCUGGAGUUGCUGUUGUUGUCGUUUCUCUGUUGUUAAUUCCUGAACCAGUAGCAAGUUUAUGGGUAUCAUUUUCGAUAGUAUCCAUCAAUAUUGGUAUUUUGGGCUUCAUGACUUUUUGGAGUGUCCGAUUAGAUUUCAUUUCAAUGGUGACAAUCGUUAUGUCCAUCGGCUUUUGCGUUGACUUUGCUGCUCAUAUAGCGUAUAACUUCGCUAAAGGGAAACAUAUAGGUGCUGAAGAGAGAAUGCGUAAUGCUUUGUAUGCAGUUGGAGCUCCUAUCUUGCAAAGUGCUUCUUCCACCAUUUUGGGAGUAUCGUUUAUGGCAUCAGCCGAAUCAUACGUUUUCCGCAGUUUUCUGAAAACUAUCAUACUUGUCAUUGCACUAGGCGCUCUUCACGGACUGGUUAUUUUACCAGUUUUGUUAACGAUGUUCUAUUGUGGAAGCAACGGGAAGGAAACAAAAGUUGAUAAACAUGCUAAACAAGUCGAAGCUAAACUUGCUGCUCAGUAUACGAACGCUGCACGGACAGCUUCAAUACAGUAUCUUGCGGGGUCGGAUAUGUAUGAUCGUCCCGAGGAUUACACACAGUUGGGUAGCGUUCACCCUGCUUCUUCUGUAGCGUCAACAGCUCCUCCAGUCGGGUUCGAAUAUCACGGUGCUAUUCCUCGAGUUAUGCCACCGGCUUACUCGGAUGAGUCAGGAGCACCAGGGAAAAUGCUUCCAAUGCGAGCAAAAUUGAAGUAUAACAAUCAUCAUCAGCCUAGUCAUCAUCACUUCCAUCCACAUGCUCGCUCCGCAUCUAAUUCUACAACUAAAGAACCUAUUCCUGAUUACACAUUAGAUCGGAGAUAG